AAAAAAGGAAAAAAAAGAAAAGAAAAAGAAAGCAAGAAAACAAAAGGUCGUCGCUCUCAUCACCGUUCGUUGAAACCAUUUUCUGAAACUGAAAACCGAACCUGAAAACUCCUGUAGAUUUCCCGCAUUUUCUCUCACAUUGUACAAACCUCAAGUUUUUGACCUGAUCACUUCAAAUUUAACUCCGCUUCAAUGUCGUACGAUCGAAACCCUUUUGACGAGGAUGUUAAUCCUUUUGCGGACCAAUCUAAAGGAAAAGGAAGUAAGCAAUCAGCCUUUAGUGGAGGUGCAUUUUACAUGCCUAAUCCUGGUAGUGUUCCUCCUGCUCCAAACACUAUACUUUCACCACUUCCAUCAGAACGUGCUGAUUACAAUCGUGGUGCAACAGUUGACAUUCCUCUCGAGAAUGGAAGGGAUUUGAAGAGCAAAGAGAAGGAACUGCAAGCUAAGGAGGCUGAACUGAGGAAAAAGGAACAGGAUUUGAAGAGGAGGGAAGAUGCUAUCUCUCGUGCUGGGAUUGUGAUAGAAGAGAAGAACUGGCCUCCCUUUCUCCCUAUUAUUCAUCAUGACAUUGCAAAUGAGAUACCUGUUCAUCUGCAGAAGUUGCAGUAUGUUGCAUUUUCAACAUAUCUUGGACUUGUAUUCUGCCUUUUAUGGAAUUUUGUGGCUGUCACUAUUGCUUGGAUCAAAGGGGAAGGAGUGAAAAUUUGGCUCCUAGCGAUCAUCUAUUUUAUAUCUGGAGUUCCAGGGGCUUAUGUCUUCUGGUAUCGUCCUCUGUAUCGCGCUAUGAGGACAGACAGCGCUUUGAAGUUUGGAUGGUUUUUCAUUGCCUAUUCAGUUCACAUAGGCUUUUGCAUUUUGGCUGCAGUUGCUCCACCUAUUGUCUUUGAGGGAAGAUCUCUUACGGGGAUCUUGCCUGCUAUAGAUGUUUUAUCUGAAAAUGCUAUUAUCGGGACUUUAUACCUUGUUGGAUUUGGGUUCUUCGUCCUUGAAGUGCUGCUUAGCAUUUGGGUCAUUCAGCAAGUUUACAUGUAUUUCCGCGGAAGUGGCAAAGCUGCAGAGAUGAGAAAGCAGGCUGCAAGGCAAACAAUGAUGGCAGCACUAUAAAUAAUAUCGAGUACAGAGAGAGUGCACCGUAUAUACAUAUGAUACUCAUUUUUACUUCUCCAAAAUCCUGCUGCUCAAUUUUCUGCUUUGAUAUUUUUUUUCUUUUUCUUUUCCUGUUACUCUGUUAUAUGUACAUCAAAAUCACAGAUUUUAAUGAUCAGUUUAUGUUUUCGCCCAUUAUUCUAUUGAAGGAGGUUGCUAAUGUUUUUGGCUCACUUGAUUCAACAAAUUGUAAUUUCAUUUGGGUUUUUUUGGUGAAAAGAUUGUAAUUUCAUUUAUAACAGAGCAUUAAUUGAUUUAUCAUAGUUCUCAGAUUCUUCAGCUCAUAAAA